AUGUUGCCGAGCGGGGACAGCGCCAGUGCUCUGUCGCCCACUUGGGGUGGAAGGGCGAGGGCUGCACAGAAUUACAUCAUCCAGCUCAGUGGCAUCGGAGGACUUUCGCCCAACACCGUCCUCUUGGAUUGGCCGAUGAAGUGGAAGAGCCAGCCCAGAAAGGCUAUGGAAUUCGUGAACGUCCUCUCCGUUGCUCUAGCGGCUGAGAAGUCGGUGUUGGCGGUCAAGGGCAUGGAGGACAUGCCUCUGAGUGCCGUAGUGGGAACCAUCGAUGUCUGGUGGAUGAUCCACGACGGUGGCUUCAUGAUCCUCUUGAGCUGGCUCUUGCUGCAGCACCGCAUUUGGCGGCAGUGCCACAUUCGAAUCUUCACCAUUACCGAGGGCGUGUCUGAAGAGCGUGCCAAGAAUGCGGCUGAGCUGCUGACGCGCACCCUGCGACAGCGCAGGCUCUUCGAAGUGGACGUUGAGGUCGUCAUCGUCGAUGAUGAGAUGAUUCAGCCAUACACCUACGACUGGACCCUGCGCGUGGACCAGCGUCACAAGUUCGUGGAGCAGCUGCACGGAUCGAAGGCCGCCAAAGAAGGCAUUGAUGCCAUUCCUCUGGAGAUUGACGACCUUUUUAAGAUGGAGGAGGCCGAGGAGCAGGGCAGAAGCAGGUCACACUCGAAGAGGAAAGAGCCCUCUUCGCCGAAGCUGGUAUCCGAAGGACAUCAGGGGCAGGUGGCGGUGUGCGACUUGCGCUCAGGGCCCAGCGAACGCCCCAACGUGGCGGAGCACGUGCGAGCAUUGGGUGGCGGGGUCGACGGCUCCAGCGCAGCCUCUUUGACCAGCUUGGGUUCCCCCAGAAGUGCUCUGGAGGCCAUGGUGAACAACGGCAGCAGCAAGGAGGAUGAUUGCCACAGCGCCGAGUCUAGACCGGCCCUGGCCGCCCGAAAGGAGUGGGCUACCGUGGCUUCUUUCCAGAAGCUGAACGAAACGAUCCUCUCGCGCUCCAAGCGGUCUCAAUUGGUUGUCAUGAAUUUGCCAGACGUCUGGAGCACCGAAGAGGAAGAGGUGAAACACUUCAUGACCUACUGCGACACGAUGACCAGCGGUUUGGACCGAGUCCUCUUUGUGCACUCGACCGGGCAUGAGGUCUUCGAGAUCGGCUAA